AUGUAUGACAACAUAUCUGAUUUCACAAGAUAUGAUGACGACCAUGACCCCGAACAUGGUGAAGAAGAAGUUUUACAAACAUCCAUUAAGACAGGAAAGGUUUUAACUCAAAGUCUCAUUAUUGACACCAAAGAUGGCGAAGUGGACGUUCUUCAAGAGCUGAAGAAAAAUACUUCUUCGGGAGGUGGUGGUAGGCAUGAACUUGAAAUAAAUGAGAUAGAAGAGAAAUUAGCCGAAAAAGCAGAUAAAGAACAUAAACACAAUAUCUCCGAUAUAAAUGAACUUCAAGCUACAUUAAAUAGUAAAGCGGACAAGAACCACGUUCAUUAUAUAAGUUCAGACGAACAGAUUAUAACGGACUACCAUGGAUAUUUAACACGAAGUGAUGAAGCGAAGACAAAAAAUGUUAAUGAAAGAAGAUAUAAAUACAUUCGUGCUAAAGGUUAUGACAUAAGCUGUACUGUACAGUAUGAUGUAGCUAAAGCACCAGAA